GAAAAUGCCCCUUUGCCCCAGAGGCGAGCGAAGCGGUACGGCGCCUAGCACACCGCGCAAUAGAAAACAUGUGCGGAACCGCGGAGCCCAACUGCACGCAGCUGUGUUCUCCAAGGCCCGGGGACUGAGGACCAGCAGGAACCCCCAAUGGAUCAAGAAGUUUGCAAUGUUCCAGGCCUCCCCUGGAUUCCUGUCUGGAGCAACUUCUGCCAGCAUCCCAGGGCGGGUGGGCUGAGUCCUGCAUCCCCAAAGGCAACCCGCUGGAGCAGCCCGGAGUCCCGAGCACCUGCAGUCUAGACGUCAGUACCUUGGGGACACAGGCAAAGACCAGGGCUUGAGCCUCGGAGGCGCCCCGGGCACUAGCCAGUGAGUGCCACCGUUAUCCCAGGAAGCGCAGCCGUCUGGGAUGGUGCUGUGGCGCCUGCGAAGGUGCGGCCCAGGACGGAGGCCGGGACAGAGCCCUGAGUCUCCGCAGAGCCUCGUGUCGUCCUACCGGCCCCCCGUGUACGAGCCCACGCCGAUCCACCCCGCCUUCUCGCACCACUCGGCCGCAGCGCUGGCCGCCGCCUACGGCCCUGGGGGCUUCGCUGGCCCCGUGUACCCCUUCCCGCGGACGGUGAACGACUACACGCAUGCCCUGCUCCGCCACGACCCCCUGGGCAAACCCUUGCUGUGGAGCCCAUUCUUACAGCGGCCACUGCAUAAAAGGAAAGGCGGCCAGGUGAGAUUCUCCAACGACCAGACCAUCGAACUAGAGAAGAAGUUCGAGACUCAGAAAUACCUCUCCCCCCCUGAGCGCAAGCGUCUGGCCAAGAUGUUGCAGCUCAGCGAGAGACAGGUCAAAACCUGGUUUCAGAAUCGGCGGGCUAAAUGGAGAAGACUAAAACAGGAAAACCCUCAAGGCAAUAAAAAAGAUGAACUGGAAAGUUUGGACACUCCCUGUGACCAGGGGCAAGACUUGCCCAGUGAACAGAAUAAAGGUGCCUCUUUGGAUAGUUCUCAAUAUUCACCCUCUCCAGCUUCCCAGGAAGACCUUGACUCAGAGAUUUCAGAGGAUUCUGACCAGGAAGUGGACAUCGAGGGUGACAAAGGCUACUUUAAUGCAGGAUGAUGACCACUGGCAAGGACAUGUUCAGAAAACUGGACUUGCAAAUAAUAUUUUGUUUCAGAGACUCUUCAAAGAGAAACUAGAAAAUUGUUUGAGAGGAAGAAAUCGAUUUUCUGGUGUUCUGGAAACCUAAAUAUUUGGUGCACUGGCUAAUUAACAAACAUACAAUGAAACCUUAAUUUUGACUUAACAUAUGAUAUCUAUUCAUGGAUUUUUAAGUUGUUUUGAUAAAGUGACUAAAUUUCUCCCCAUUUUAAGAAGUAAAUUGUUUUUAUUUAUGAAAAGUAAUUUUGAACUUUUGUUUAAAUUAUAACUUUAAAGAUUUUAGUAGGCUGUUGAGUAACUUUUCUAUAAUCUGUAUCUAUAGUUCAAGUUCACAGUGCUCCUUAAAAAAGGGGCCCACAUAUUCGGUGCCUUGAAUACUUUAAAAGGACACAUUCUUGACUUUUACAUGACAUUCUUACACUGCUGCCUUAAAUCCAAAGCCAUUUUGGAGCCCUUGGCUCAGGGGUGUGUAUUCUUGUAAGCAAGAUAAGUUGAUAAGAUUCAAAUGCUGGGUUGUGCUCUGUCAGCACCUCUGACCAUGGUGCAUUCCUACAGGCAGGGAAACUGACUCAUUCAUGACUAAAAUUAAUCUCACAUGAAGUAAAAAUAGCAGGAUAAUGUAAGUAGAUUGUAGAUACUGUGUUUUAUAGAAACAAUGUCUAUAAUGUGUAUAUAGAAUUAUUCACUGUAAAAACAUGGCCGAAAUGAUGUGUGUUUUUCUUAAUGAGUUUACUUGCCUAUAAAUUCAUCCAUGGGGCAAAUCA